AAGAGUUGCCUAUCUUCAGAAAUGCUGGUAUAGUUGACUUGCCUCUGUUCUCGCACCGGUGUCUGCCAGGGUCUGAACCAUUAGGUAGAGGAUCAGCUGAAAGAAAAGGCAGACAGAGAUCUUGUGCCAGAUCCGUAUACAUUCAGCACCCUCAUUACAGCAUUUGCUAAGCAUGAAAAGUGGUUGGAGCUAUGCUUAUGUGCACGAAAAUGCAGGAGAAAGGAUGGCACCCAGAGACGAGGAAGGGCGUAGCAAGCGACGAAAUGCUUCGGGGAGUUGAAAAUAAGCAUAGAUCCGGAGAUUCCCAAAUAGGUCAACCUUUUGAACUGCCUGCUGAAUCCAUGAGCAGGCAAGAGACAACCUGGCGAACUGAAACAUCUUAGUAGCCAGAGGAAAAGAAAGUCUCAUGUUGCUCUUCAGAAAACGCGUAUAGUGGCCUUCGUCGAUGGGACAAACGCUCCAGUGUAUGCGUUACAAGGCAACUAGCAUUUAGUUCGUGAAAGAAUGUUUCGUUGGAAAAACCAACGCCGACGUCAAGAUCAGUCUCCUUUCUCUUUUCGGGAGCAGAGCUGAAAAAGAUGGACAGUAACGAUCGCGUAAUAUCAAUUUAUCGGCCUCGUCAUCGAAAGCGGCUUCCAAUUGCUCGGAAAUUCUCAGCUAUAUGGGGGACUUUGAUGGUGAGCAAAAAGAAUUGAUCAAGAAAUUGGUAAACUUUCGCAUGAUCGAUGGUAAAAGAACGAGAGUUCGUGCUAUUGUUUAUAAAACUUUUCACCGCCUAGCUCGAACUGAACGCGAUGUAAUAAAACUUAUGGUUGACGCCGUAGAUAAUAUAAAGCCAAUAUGCGAAGUGGUCAAAGUAGGAGUCGCAGGUACUAUUUAUGAUGUUCCUGGGAUUGUAGCCAGGGAUCGUCAACAAACCUUAGCUAUUCGUUGGAUCCUUGGAGCAGCUUUCAAACGACGUAUAAGCUACAGGAUAAGCUUAGAGAAAUGUUCAUUUGCUGAGAUACUAGAUGCUUACCGAAAGAGGGGAAUUUCACGUAAGAGAAGGGAGAAUCUUCAUGGACUGGCUUCCACCAAUCGGAGUUUCGCGCAUUUCAGAUGGUGGUAAAGUGAUACCACAUAAGGAGCUCUUCCUCAUUCAGUCAUACUCAACAAAAGUAAGAAAUGUUUGACCCUGAUCCUUUUUUCAUCUUCAUAUAGAAAGAAAAUCGGCCUUCCUCAUACUCCCCCCUUCAUUCAUAGAGUUGGAGGAAUCCACAAGAGGCCUGCCCGUUCAUAAUUGCAUAAAAGAACCAUUCUUUUUAUGAAAACUCUUGUUCCAACCUCACCUCAGGUCGAAUGAAUACGAAAGGGGGAUCAAUCAAAUCAAUAAGCCAUGAAUGAAGAAGUAGUGGGCCUUUCGCCUUAUUUCGUUUGACUCGUGGAGCUGAGAAAUCUACUUCAAAGAGAGGGAAAGAGUGCUAGUCCGAAAGAACAAGCAAGGGAUGAGCGCACGGGAGCGAAAUCCGUUGCGCCCACGCGCAUACGUUUUCUUGCUGGGUAAUUUCUCAGAAAGUUUUUGUGUUGUUGAUUCCUAUUCCUAGGUGUUGUGCUUUUUCCCCUAUGCCGCCUAUUGGUACUAGUGGAGUAGGAUUGGCCUGUAAUACAGAACCUAUAGGUGGUGUAACCUUUCGCUCAAUACUCAAAUCUACAAUUGAAGCAUCUGAGGCUGCAUCAAUCGAGGAUACACGACAUAAGGAAUUGUUAGAUCUCCAAACUGAACUUCGCCUUCACCAAGCGUGGGUUUUCACUGGUCCUAACUAACGGUUGGCAAGCGAUCCCCUAUUCUGCAUCACGAAGAUCAGACGGCCCAGAGCCGGAGCGAUCAUUCCAGCAAGUUACUCAGCUUGAGUUUUUCAGUCAAUCAAUAGAUUGUGCAGUUUCUUAGUCUUUUGGUCCACGUCUUCAUGACUUAUAGAAAGGGUUUCUUUCUUUUACAAGAUCAUGGAAGCUUCAGAAACCAUCCGAGAUCUUCUGGAAACAAGAAAUGUUGCAUCAAAGGGUUCAGUGGUCAUAUCAUAGUGAAAUCGAGUUUCUUGAUUUAGUCGAUAUCAAAUUCCCAACUUAGAAAUUAGAAAGGACUAAGAUUCUACUUCUUCCUCAAAUACUGGGAAUGUGGAUUCAAGUAUGAUAUCACUAUUCCACAGAUCUCAAGAAAACGAAUUGAACAAGUUUGAUGGCUGGAAGAAGAUAGGAAAUAUUCAAACAUGUAUUGCAUUUCAUCGAUCUCACCCUUUGUUCAGUGCCGCAUAAGUACUGACUUCUUGAACAGAUACCGGUACCGGUCAUGAAGGCUUCGCCCUUCUCAAGUCAAGUGCAGAAGCGAAAUCCGUUGAGCAAGAAGCCAGUGAUCCCACAACAUCAAAGUGAUACAUAUGACAUAUUGGAAAUUAGGCUUAGUUUGUAGCUGUGAAUAUAGUAAUGCACUUAUUUAUUGAGAAAUAUGUUCUUUCAAGUAGAGCAUACUCGGUAGAAAGGAGGUGGCGGAGCUGGGAAGAGGA